AUGGUGUCUCUCCGCCUCUUGUCCUUGUCUGCUCUCGUGCUCGCCGCAGCCUCCGCAGCAUCGGCCGCAACGGUGACGUUCGACUGCUCGAGUGAGUGCAAAGACUGGACGUGGACAAAAGAAUGUGAAGAGUCUAUUUCAAUCCCCGCAAAAAAAAAGGCUUGCUGACGCAGAUGAGUCUCUCUCUCCCGCUUGCACACAAACUGCCCCUUUCCCCCCUUGUUAGAGGUCCCCAACAUUUGCUCCAACGAUUGUUACGCCCUCAAGUGCGCAGGCAAACCUAGCACCCUGCACAGAAACUCUGCAGCAGCUACCGACAACCGUAAUCACAACGCUUGCAAAUCUCCCAAUCGAUGCUCUGGAAAUCCCGACGAUAGCAAUUCUUGCGACGAAUACCCUUACGCUUCCACCUCCGAGGGCGGCGCCGGCGCAGUGACCCGUUGCGUACCCGCUCACGAGAACAGCGUUCAAGGUGCGUUCUGCCUCCUACCCCCCUUCCCUUUUCUUUUCGCGCGACCGACUUUGUCGACCAAAAACAACCCAACGUGAAAGCUCGCUUAAACUCCUACGCUAACCCCCAUCUUCCCUUUACACACUCUCCCUUCCUUACCAGGUGGCACCCUCUCCUCCUUCUACACCCGCAGCAACGUGCAGCAAGGAGACGCCUACAACGUCGCCUUUACCGGAACUUCUGGUCUUCAAUACUGCGGAGGCAGCUGUUCCAACAGCGGCAACGAGGUUCAACGCAGAGGCAUGCUCUUCAACAAGCGUCAACAAGUCACUCUUCACGCCGAGCGCAGGUUCAAGUUGGAAAAUGGUGCAGAGAUCCUCAUGUUCGAACCCAUCGCCAAGCGCGGAGCUUUCAAUUCCCUCGUCGGUCAGACCGUUCACCUCAACGACGCUGAUGUCAAGGUCGUUGAGGCUCUGUGA